AUGUUCAAGGAACGAAUAGGCAAAAUAGGGGAAGUUUGUACUAACGAUACGUUGGUUAAGUCCCUGUGCGCAGAGGACAAUUCAGUUCAUUUGCAGGAAAUAUUUGCCAUCUUGAGGAAAUACAACACGAGGCUUAGCCCGGAGAAAUGUGCUUUCGGGGUUGGCUCGGGUAAGUCCCUCGGCUCCAUGGCGUCAAAUCGAGGUAACAAAAUCGAAGCUAUCGAGGGUAUCACGAUCGUGGAUAGUGUGGAGGCCAUGCGAAGGUUAACGGGGCAAAUAGCCACCUCGGGUCGACUCACUUCGAGGUCGUGGGGUCGGAGUCACCAGUUCUUCUCUUUGCUCGAAAAGAAAAAGGACUUCACAAUGUCAGCAAACCUUAGAACAAUUAAAGCGACAUCUGCUGAGCUCGCUUUUGCUUCACACCCCGAAGAUAGGAGAAAAGCGAGAAGCAGCGCUUGUUAG